UCAUUGUUUUGCAUAUUUUGACAAUUGCAAUUUUUAAUUGGAUGAAAACGUAAAAAAGAGAAAUUAAUGAGUAAAUAUAAUCACGUUGGAUUAUUGGAACUAAAUUAUUACAAACUUAUAAUGACAAAAUGAACCUUCUGCCAUCCCAUUUAAUGAACGCCCUGCAGAGGAUUCAUCAUGUGCAUUUGUGUGUAUUUUUCCCCCCCCACACUGUUUAUUUUCGAUUUGAGAACCGAUCAAGUUGAAAGCGGCGUCACGUGACCCCCAUGAAGCUUGGACGAUAUUUGUUUAGAGAGCGUGCACAUUCGCGUAAUUUGCCCUUGCGUGUUCCCUCGCAGACAUGCAACGCAGGCCGGUGUGCGCCGGCUGCCGGAGGCCGAUCUCGGACAAGUUCCUGCUGCAGGUGGCUGACGGCCUCCGGCACGAGGCGUGUGCGCGCUGCUCGGCCUGCGGGGACGCGCUGCGGGACUCGUGCUUCGUGCGGGAGCAGCGACUCUACUGCAAGCGGGACUACGCAGAGCUGUUUGCAGUGCGCUGCGGGGGCUGUUUCGAGGGCAUCUCUCCUACAGAGCUGGUGCUGCGUGCCGGGCCCGCUGUCUUCCACCUGCGUUGCUUCACCUGUAGCGUGUGCUCCGCCCCCAUGAGGACCGGAGACCGCUGCGUGGUCAGGGAGGGUCGGCUUGUCUGUGCCAGGGAAGACUACCACCGGCGUGUGGCCAGCCCGACUUCAUCUGACACAGGCAAAAGUGACGAUGCAGACGAAGAAGAGGAUGAGGAGGAGGACUCAGGGAGGGUCACAAGUCGACGAAUCAGAUCAGAUGAGCAGGAAAGUAAACGUCCCAAAAGACCUCGCACUAUUUUGACCACCCAGCAAAGACGGAUUUUCAAAGCCUCUUUUGAGGUUUCAUCCAAGCCGUGUCGAAAGGUACGGGAGACCUUGGCAGCAGACACUGGCCUUACUGUCCGGGUUGUGCAAGUCUGGUUCCAGAACCAAAGAGCCAAGAUGAAGAAACUGGCUCGGAGACAACAGCAGCAGGAACAGGAGCAGCCGACUCAAGAGCAGCAGGAACAGCCAUCGCAUCACAAAGCGCCCCCCAAUGGUGUGCCUACCUCAAAGCUGGAGCACCUGGGGUCUCCCUACUCCCACGUCCACCAGCAGCAGAUGGAAUUCACAAGAGUGGAGCAGAAAGACUUUGACAUGGACCCCUUCAGACAGGGCCUGACCCCACCUCAGAUGCCAGGGGAUCACAUGCACCCCUACGGUUUCACUGCCCUUUACGGCGACGUGGUCGACACCGUCUGCUUGUCAUUGGGCGACAACUCGUCACUCCUCACCCCCAUGGACUGCCUGUACUCCAUGCAGGACUCUUACUUCACCUCCUGAAGGACAACCCUCAUCACAUACGCUCAUUAUUUAUCCACAUGGACUGCGCGCAAACCGGCAGGGAACAAACCGGUGCGCAAAUGGGUACACUAUG